CAUUUUAGUUUUAAAUUUGCGACGGUUAGUUGAAAAUCGAACGAUCGCGGCGAAAAAAAAUCGCAAAUUAAUAGAAAUAAUAAUUUUAAAAAAUAUAAAAUAAAGGAUUCCAGUUUAUCGAGAGUUUUAAAGGCUCAUUUGUGAUAAUUUUAAGGUGAUACAAAAAGGAAAAAAGGAAAGGAAAAAUUUACAUAACCAAAAGUGCGAAUUUGGUAAAGUUUUGAAGUCAAUCGAAAUGGGCAUUCCGGACAUCCGGCAGUUGGUGACGUUGGACUUUGAGGUCUAUGGACAUGUGCAAGGCCUGAAUCUCACGAAAGACACCCGCGAUCGCUGCGUUAAGGCGGGAAUCAUGGGCUGGGUUAAGAACAGCAAACAGGGCACCAUUGUGGGCAAAAUGCAGGGUCCCAAGGAGGAGGUGGACAAGGUGAUCACCUGGCUGUCCAGCGAAGGAUCACCCGGCUGCCAAAUCGAUCGCUGUGAGCUGCGGAACCAGGGAAAUCUCAGCCGACUGGACUACAAGGACUUCGCUAUUAGGUUUUAGAUGUCUUUCCGCCCGACACAUCGAGUGCGGCAUUAUGGUUUUGUGUGUUUGUUAUGUGCAUUACUUCAAUAAGUUUGUAAAUACGAUUAUUUAAUAAAGAAAGUAAUAAUAAUUGGA